GACAGCAGCACCCUUUCCUACCUUCUCGCUCUCUGAAUACAUUACUAAAUCUCUGUAAACUCCAAAUAUUUUAAAUUAUCGUCAGAAUCGCCGUGAAUUUACGUAUCUUACAUCUAUUGGAGACUAAAUCAGAACAGGAAAAUGUGGCUGUUAUACCUUCUGUUUUGGACUGCAGUGAGAGCCAGCAAACCACACUACGGGAAAUUACAUGGUGUAGCUGUUCUCACACCAGACCAUGUGGGGGUUCACAUCACAGACAUAACGUGGAAACAUGGAUCUGUUGUGGCCAUGGAGUGGCACGGUACUGGAAAAGGUUCAUCCCACGGAAAUUUCCAAGGUCGUGCUUUGUUGGACACUGGAACUGGAGAGAUGACGAUUGAAACACUGACUAAAGGCGACGACGGCAUCUACACAGCAACAAUCAAUACCAACCUUACCAGCCAGACUAAACUCCUGGUCAUCUCUCCUGUCCCUAAACCCUCCAUCUCUGUAAAAUGUGACACUACGACCUGUACCUUCAACUGUGAAGCCAAACUCACAGAUGCUGGACCAGUCACCUACUGGUGGAAGGCGGAUUACAGGAGGUGGACUUCAACCUCCCGGCAAAGAAUAACAAAGGAGGAUAAGGAGGAGUGGUUCAGCUGUAUAGUUGAAAACCCAGUCAGCUCCCACAGAAGUGAUGAAAUCUUCAAUCCCUUCCUACCAAGUAGUAAGACAUGGAUCUACAUCUUAGUAGCAGUGAUUCUGGCUGUGGGCAUCUUAGGAUUCCUAGGAUACAAAUACAAAACUAAAUAGAGAUAGGAAGACUGAUAUACUACUCUCAUAUUAAUAAGCGAAGACCCAAACCAGCCAGAUGACCCAGAUGACGGCAAUAUACGAAACAUCAGACAUGUGAUGCUGCCUCCUGAAUGAUCAUAUAUAGAAGUUAGAGGAUGGAUUGAACUGAUGUGCCGUUUAAUAACUACCCAGCUUGAUCUGCCUUGCUUUCAAAUGACCUUAUACCAUACUACCAGGAUAAUUGAAAUGUUAUGUUUCUGAAUAUUUAAUCUUAAUAUUUAAUUAACUGUAGGAUUUUAAGUUGAGGCUAGAUAGUUUGAGAAAGUUGAGUCAAUGAGGUCUGGAUGUGAAGGCUUCAAUACUUUUAUAUUAUAUUCAUAGGAUGUCUUUAUAUGCUGUGUAUCUUAAUUGCAUUGCUUUUUAAUUGCUUGUAUUUCAUUUAAAACUCAAACUUAAUUUCCUAGUGUAAGAACAAUUAUUCAUCAUCUCAAAUCGUAGUGAAGCUCACCUUUAAAUUAUCCAGAACAAAAUUAUUUAAUGUUCAUCAACAUUUCGACUCGAAAACAAUUAA